AUGGCUCCCCGAUACAAGGACGGAGAUGCCGUGGUCGCCAUCAAUGGCAAAUGGGUCGCGUGGACACACACGGUCUUUGCCUACGCGGCCUUCAUCAGUGCGCUGAUUGUCGGCGUGGCUUUGCAUUACCACAAGAUCGUCCAGAACGAACAUUUCGGCUACCCAAUUGAAUGGUUCCCCUCCGUGUCCGCGACCAUCGGUGACCGUUACCCCGAACGGUCCUUCUUCCAGGUCUUCAUCGCCAUUACCUCCGGCCCUCGAUUCGCGCUUGUCUUCCUCUGGUACAUCCUCACUUCGCGCCCUAACUCGACCCUUCCCAAGAUCGUUGCUGGAGUCGGCAUUUUCCGAACUCUGACUUGUGGAGGAUGGACCUAUGUGACAUCUACCGAUGACCAUGAUUGGCAUGAUAUCUUCAUGAUCUCCUACUUGGUGGCCACUUUGCCUUGGACUCUGGGCUGUCUCGCCCUCAGCCCCAACAACCGACGUGCCGUCAAGUACCGCAAGAUCAUGGCUAGCUUGUUCUUUGGCACUCUGGUUCCCUUGAUCUACUAUUUCAUCCAGCACAAAGUGCACAAGGUUCCUGGUGCUUACACCAAGUACGCCUUCUUUGAAUGGUCUCUCAUUCUGUUCGACGUCGGCUUCGACGCCAUUACAGCACUUGACUUUGAAAGCUUUGAGCUCGUGGUGAGGGAUGUCAAGGGUGUUAGCAGAGGGAAGGGCAAGCCAGUGGCCAACACCUUCGGCGAAGGCUUCUUUUGGACAGAGAUCAUCGACGCCGCCUCGGAUGUCUACAACGGCUUUGUCUUCUGGACCAUUGUGACUGCUCUGCCGGUUCUGGUCUGGUACUUCCCUCUGUGGCACAUGGGCAUUUCUGGCUACGAAGUUGCCAUUGUGUCCUGCACAUCCCCGCUGCUCCUGGUCAUACCGUCUCUGCGGGCCCUCGCUGUGAGAAACCUGCGUCUGCUUCACCUGGCUUCGCUUGUCGGUCUUCUGGGAUACAAGUUCCAGGAUCCCGCCAACCGUCUCUUCGUGACCAGCUUUGCCCUGUCGACUACCUGUGUGGCUUGGACCGCUGGAUUCUUUGCUGAACGGACCAACUCUCCUCGCCUUGAAGCUCGCGUCAUGGCCUGGGGAAUUGGUUUGAUCAUGUCGACUGUUGCCAAGUUUGCUUGCAAAACGAACAACCCACUCUGGCCCAUUGUCCACGCCGAGAACGGCGGCUGGAACAAGAUUGGUAUCUUCAUUGCUCUGUUCGCUGUUCUGAGAUCCCAGCGGGGUUCGACUAUGAGCGGUGGUGAUUACCUGCCUGCAGGUGGUAAGAAGGGCUCCUCGGUUCUGGCUGGUGUUGGCUUUGGUGGCCUGAUGUUCGCCAUCGUCUCGCUUCUCACCGAUUCCAGUACCAUGAUCUCGUGGGUGUGGGACGGAUACCCUGUACGUGGACCUCUCGCGGUUCCCCACGGUGCUGUGACUAUCUUCGUGAUGGGAGCCGGUCUUGUCUAUGGUGUCUUCCACCCUCGCGUGGCCGGAAGCUGGACUGCUUUUGGAGUGGGCUCUGUCGGUGCCGCUGUCCUGACCUCGUACCAUCACUGGAUGGGCUUCUACGGCGCCCUUGCACUCACAUUCUACAUCAUGGCCGUUGCACCCGUCUUGAUCGCGUCCUGUGUUCGUCACUCCCCUGCGAGCACAUUUGGCAUCGGCUUCAUUGUUUACGUGUUCCUUCUGCUGUUCCAUGUCUGGGUUGUCGCUUAUGCCUUUGUGCCCGGUGGUCCCCUUGUGCGUGAGCACACCGAUUGGUUGAUGCUGACCACCAUGCUGUCCAUCGGUGCCGGUGUAUUCUCCGCGGCUACUUCGAACUCGAGCCGUUCUUCCCGCAAGAAGCCCAUCAGCCCCAACAACAAGAGACAGCGUUCGUACUAUAUCUACGUUCUCGCUGCGCUUCAGCUUCUCUCUGUCUCUGUGGCCUACCUGCGUUUCCCCACCAACGACUACACCCCUUACCACAAGGAAGACAAGGUCGUCACUGCCGGUAUCUGGACCGUCCACUUCGGCCUCGACAACAACAUGUGGUCCUCUGAGCGCCGCAUGCGUGAUGUGAUCGGUGAACUCGAACUGGACGUCAUUGGCUUCCUCGAGUCCGACAACCAGCGCAUCAUCAUGGGUAACAAGGAUGUCACCCAGUUCAUCGCCGAGGAUCUUGGUUACUACACCGACUUCGGUCCCGGCCCUAACAAGCACACCUGGGGUUCCGCCUUGCUGUCCAAGUUCCCCAUCGUCAACUCCACUCACCACCUCCUCCCCUCCCCCGUGGGUGAGCUAGCGCCUGCCAUUCAUGCCACCCUUGAUAUGUAUGGCGAGAUGAUUGACGUGGUCGUCUUCCACUCCGGCCAGGAAGAGGACCCCGAGGACCGUCGUUUGCAGAGCGAGUAUCUGUCCAAACUGAUGGGCGACUCCCCGCGUCCUCUCAUUCUUCUGAGUUACCUUGUCACCAAGCCGCUCGAGGGUAACUACAACACCUACGUCAGCGAGCGCAGCCAGAUGAAGGACAUUGAUCCUUCUGACUGGGAUAGAUGGUGCGAGUACCUGCUUUUCAAGAAGCUGCACCGCACCGGUUACGCCAGAAUUAGCCGUGACACUAUCACCGAUACCGAAAUCCAGGUUGGCAAGUUUGUCAUCGGCGAGCCUGAGCCUGAGAGCGAGACUCGUAUCCCAGAGGAGCUGGUCCCUGUUGGCCGCCGUUUCCCUGCUUUGUUCCGCGGCGAGGGAGUGCGUGGACACCGCUACCACGUCUUCGACGAGCCCCGAUACUGGCAAUAA